AUGGCCAGCAAGAAAGUGAUUGCAGUCUUUGGAGCAACAGGAGCUCAGGGUGGCUCUGUGGCCAGGGCCAUUUUGAAGAGCAAAAAGUUUGCUGUGAGAGCAGUGACCAGGGACGUGACUCGACCAAAGGCCCUUGAACUCCAGGACCUUGGCGCAGAGGUGGUAAAGGGUGACCUGAAUGAUAAAGCAUCAGUGGAGGCUGUUUUAAAAGGUGCCUAUGGAGCCUUUGUGGUGACCAACUUCUGGGACCACCUCAGCAAAGAGAAGGAAGUGUGUCAGGGAAAAAUGGUGGCGGAUGCUGCUAAACGCCUGGGUGUGCAACACGUGGUGUACAGUGGCUUGGAGAACGUCAAGCAGCUGAGUGGAGGCAAACUCGAGGUGCCGCACUUCGAUGGCAAAGGAGAGGUGGAGGAUUAUUUCUGGUCCAUCGGCAUUCCCAUGACCAGUGUCCGCAUGGCAGCUUACUUCGAAAACUUUUUAUCGAUGUGGAAGCCAGUGAAAGCCACGGAUGGAGAUUACUACACCUUGGCACUGCCCAUGGGGGAUGUACCAAUGGAUGGCAUCUCUGUAGCUGAUAUUGGAACAGUCGUCUUGAGCAUUUUUAAUUCCCCAGAGGAGUUUUUAGGCAAGGCUGUGGGACUCAGUGCAGAAGCUCUAACCAUACAGCAAUAUGCAGAUGUUUUGUCCAAGAUCUUGGGGAAAGAAGUUCAAGAUGCAAAGAUCACCCCAGAAGCUUAUGAGAAGCUGGGAUUCCCUGCAGCGGAGGAAAUCGCCAACAUGUGUCGUUUCUAUCAAAUGAAACCGGACCGCGACGUCAAGCUCACACACCGACUAAACCCAAAAGUCAAAAGCUUCAGCCAGUUCAUGUCAGAGAACCAGGGAGCCUUGAAGGGCAUGUAA